AUGCUGCUGAUCGGCCACUGGAGUGGCUGCCUACAAUUCCUGGUCCCAAUGCUCCAAGGAUUUCCUAGUAACUCAUGGGUCGCCAUCAAUGAACUGCAGGACUCGUUCUGGCUGGAGCAAUACUCAUGGGCCCUUUUCAAAGCCAUGUCGCACAUGCUCUGCAUAGGAUACGGAAGGUUUCCACCGCAGUCCUUGACCGACAUGUGGCUCACUAUGCUCAGCAUGAUCAGCGGUGCUACCUGUUAUGCACUUUUCCUCGGACACGCGACCAAUCUCAUUCAGUCGCUCGAUUCCUCCAGAAGACAAUACCGCGAGAAGGUGAAACAAGUAGAGGAAUACAUGGCCUACCGAAAAUUACCACGAGAAAUGAGACAGAGGAUCACGGAAUAUUUCGAGCACCGAUACCAGGGCAAAUUCUUCGACGAGGAACUGAUCCUCGGCGAGCUCUCGGAGAAAUUGAGAGAAGACGUGAUCAACUACAACUGCAGAUCGUUAGUGGCGUCGGUGCCGUUCUUCGCCAACGCCGAUUCCAACUUUGUCUCGGACGUCGUUACCAAACUGAGAUACGAAGUCUUCCAGCCAGGUGACAUCAUCAUCAAGGAAGGUACGAUCGGCUCUAAAAUGUAUUUCAUACAAGAGGGCAUAGUGGACAUCGUGAUGGCGAACGGCGAGGUCGCGACCUCGCUGUCCGACGGCUCCUACUUCGGCGAGAUCUGCCUGCUGACGAACGCGAGGAGGGUGGCCUCGGUCCGCGCAGAGACCUACUGCAAUCUCUUCAGCCUCUCGGUGGAUCAUUUCAACGCCGUGCUGGACCAGUAUCCAUUAAUGCGCAGAACGAUGGAAAGCGUUGCCGCCGAGAGGUUGAACAAAAUCGGCAAGAAUCCGAAUCUGGUGGCCCAUCGCGAGGAGGAUCUUGGCAGCGAGUCGAAAACGAUAAACGCCGUGGUGAACGCGCUCGCGGAGCAAGCUGCGCAUGCUAGCGCCAGUGAAGAAUCGGUACACAGCAUGGAGCUGAGAACACUUCCAGCUUGCCUGUUGCCCAGACCAAAGUCUGAGAACAAUUUCGCGAGUCAGGAGCUCUCGCGAGAGGGGCGGCGGAUCUUCCACAAGAGCGACACUUUCCACAAGGACUCGUAUCAAUGA